UUCCAACUUCCAAGGUAUCAAGUGAAAACCCAUGCAAACUGGAUGUGCGCGGACAUCGUCACAUCAGCAUGGAGAAAACCAAACUCAGUGCGGAUUAUUACUCGAAGUCUUUUCAGAUCUAUGCAAAAGCAUGUAACAAGUUUGCAGAGUUUGAACAAUGGGUGGAAGACGUAUUUCCAAAACUGGUAUUGGAUAAGAUGACGGAGAGUUUUUCGGUGGACACCAAAAUCAACGUACUUGGAGUUGGCAGUGGCUCGGGGGAGAUGGACAGUAAAAUGGCAACAAGCAUCAAAUCCCGUUUUUCUUCUGUCCGUAAUGUCAUCGUUGAUCCCGGGAAGAAACAGCUCGAUCUCUACCGCUCACUCGUCGAGGUCAAUGACUUCCCAGCAGGCAUCGAGUUUGACUUCCAUGAAGCGGGCAUCGAUGAGUUUCUGAUCAGUGAGGGCGAGCCCCCGACUAAAUACCACUUCAUCAACGCAGUUCAAUCUAUUUACUACGUUGAUGAUAUGAAAGGAACUGUAGAUAAUCUGUACCGUCGCUUGGAGGCAGGUGGAGUUUUUCUGAUAACUAUGAUUUCAUCUGAAGCAAGAAAUGCCAGUAUGAAGUUAUGGGAUCGUUUCCCGCCUGCGCAGAGGUACGACUCCUCGGACUUCUUGAAGCAAAUCUUAUCGUCGCUCGACAUCGCCUUCGAAGAACACCAUCACGUCAACAACCUCGACAUCGCUCACUGCUUCGAUGAAGGAUCCGAGGAGGGAACCUACCUGCUGGAUUAUCUGACCAAGACCUUUGACUUCCGGGGCACGGUGUCACCCGAACAUUACAAGGAAGUGAAGGAUUUUAUGGUCUCUGACCAGUGCUCGGAGAAAAAAGAAGACGGUGCGAUCAUGUAUACGAACGAUUGGGAUGCUAUCGUGAUACAGAAACCACUCUGAAUUCAACAUGUUCAACAUGUUCAAGAAAGAAAUACUUUAAGUGUCCGCAUGAUCAUCUACGGCAAAUGUUGACACACAUUCCGAUUUCGAUAAAAUUAGUAGGGGAAGGCGGGGUAAGUUGAGCAUAGGGGCAAGUUGAGCCACCACCCCAGGCCAAUAAUGAAUGAGUCGGACAUUGUGAUAGUGCCAUGUAUUGAUGACCAAUUGCAUAACCCCACCACAUUUUUUACAACUUUGAAACAAAGGGUACCUUUUUUUAGAGGGAAAAAUGCAAAUUUCAACCCAAAAAGUAAAAAAAAGGUGUGAAAUAGAUAGGCCUAGGCCUACGUGCUUUUUACACGCACACGUCUUAAAAUAUAAUAAAGACAUAAGAACAACAUUGUUAGUCUAGGUAUGGAUCUGCAUGCUUGUAGCUUUUUACAUGAUGGAUGCAUAAGAAAUAUGCGAAAUUAUCGUAUUAAGUUAGGACUGGGGUAAGUUGAGCAAACCAACAUGGAGCAAGUUGAGCUACGGUAAUUCUUAUUGUAUUGUAUCUAAAAACAAACCUUAAAGCCAUCGAUAUGCAAGCAGAAAGGAGCAAAUUUAUAUGAAUUCCUUUUAGAGGAUGUUGGUAUUUAUAGAGAAUAAGCGAUUUAAAAGACUUUAAAUAAAAAAAAUGACCUGGUGGUUCUUCCCCCAUAUAUUUUGUACAUAGUUUUUGUGUCUCAACUUACCCCACAGAUGGGGCCAGUUGAGCCAUUUGACAUCUCUUUUUUCAAAGGUGACAGUGACUGUCAGUGUGGGGGUAGAAAAUCAUAUAUACGUGAAAAAUAUUUCAGAAGAAUUAGAUUUUAAGGCAAGGUACUUAUUUAUUCAAGAUCAUUAAUCAUAUCAAUUCUAACAUGCAAAAAAAGUCACAACUUACCCCGCCUUCCCCUAUACUUUAAGGGGGGAUGGGAAUUCCCUAAUGCAAACAUUGGUGUUCGGAAAAAAAACACAACCACACAACAAAAGAAACAAUACAGUGAAUGUUUGGCCAAAAUCUGUAGAAGAAAAAAGAAGUUCAAGUAUGCACCCUAAAUGGAACACUUAUAGCUCCUCAUAGAAUGUAAUUUUGCACCGUAAGUGGCAAAGAUGCAAAAUUGCCGCGUGCAUCCUUAAUGUGCAAUUUGGACUUCUUGGUUUGCAAAUAUUUAUGCAUCCAAAAGGUGCAAAUUUUUAAAAAGCACCAUAGGGUGCAAAAUUGCACACACAAAGGAACUCCCAGAAUUUCAAUUUAAAUGGUGCAAACUUUUACAUUCAUUUAUAAGUGUGCACAUAACUGGAUAAUCACAUUUAUGAUAGUAUAAUAUGAUAAACUCGUAAAUAAAACACAGGCUUUUACUUUGAGGUAUAUCGAAGAUAUUUUAAUAAAAACAAUACUGUACAACAACGAUAACGGAUAAGAAAGUUUCUACGACAAAUAUAUUUACAGGUAACAUUCUUAUUGUAUACUCCAAUGAAAACUGCUUAUACAUGUUACAAGAAACAAGUACAAAGCACAAUCUCUAUAACUUUUCAGAUAGUAAAAAUGAGACAAAAUAAAAUGUACAAUGGUAUGUAAGUAAUUAAAUAAUAACAGAAACCUUCUUAAUUAGUUAUCAUAUACAAUGUAUAUAUGCAUUGCGUCAUUAUAUGUUAAUGUUUGGUAUUGGCAGAAUAAUUAGUGAUUUGCACCCAUUCCAUAUCAAGAGUCGCUAUCAUAUUUUUUUAAAAUUUAGAUUUGCUAUCAUAUUCAUGUUUUAAUCAGGAAAUAUGUGUUUAAAGGCUUCUAACAAAAUUAUUUUUUUUCAAUUAAGAAGAAAUAUCUUCCCUCUCCAGAAAACGAGAAUGGUUAUAAAUAUAACAGUGUUCUAUGGUGGGGAAUGAGGGGGGGGGGGGGGGGGGUUGAGGUUCAGUUUUGUGCCAAUAUUCCUCUUUCAUAAAAAGCUUAUGUUCUCUGUCCCCUUUCCCUUAUGAAAAUACGGGGGAAGUCAUGAAUGUAUUUUCAAAGUAUAAUUCUUAAUGUAGCUCCAGACGUGAUGGACGCGAGUUUUCGCAAUUGCAGCGGGGACGAAUUCUACAACAUAGCCAAUCUUUAUGAAAACAAUCAACAGCUGAGAAGUCUUUGUCCGAAAUUAGUGAACGGGAAAAGUUGAUCGUUGUAAGAUUCUGAA